UAAAUUGGUUGCUAGGAUACAGUACAAUUAUACAAUAAUGGCUGGUGCUAGUGAAGAGAUGGAGGAUGGUUUUGAGGUAAAUCCUUUGGCUAAUCCAAAAGGAAUCAAACUCUCUUGUCACCUCUGUCAAAAACCAGCCAGGAUACAGUGCCCUAGCUGUAGAUCAACCUACUACUGCAGUGUAGAUGACCAGUUGGCUGACUGGAGGAGCAUUCAUUCUCAAGUUUGCAGUUUAAUAGCUUCACUUAAACCACCAGAGACUCAUGCCAACUCUGACACCGAGAGAAAACAAAGAAAAAAACACCAACAACAAACAAGAGACCGCAUAACAGAAAUGGCACUGACAGAAGCAAGGAAACACCUCCACAAUGAAGACUAUACCUUGGCCUUCCCUCCAUCUUUACUUGCACUGAAGUUACUGACAGACACUCAUGGACCAGCUCACUUGGAACUAACUCCUGCCCUGCUACUGCUGGCACAAUCAUCUCUAGGACAAGAUCAGUUACGUAAUGCAGAGAAGUUCUUGAGUCAGGCACACUGGACCGUACUACAGAACAGUCAGACCUCAGCCUCUCUCCACUCACAGCUUCAUCGUAACUUAGGACUCCUGGCAGCAGCUAGAGAAGAGUACCUAAUGGCCAAGAAGCACUUUGCUGAAGAUAUAUAUCAGUCAAGUAUAGCUUAUGGUACUCAGUCAAUAAAAACUGUAGGCGGUUUGUUCCAGCUGGGGAAUAUAUUCUUAAAGGAAGACAAGCCAGUGGUAGCUCAAUCCUUCUUUAAUGAGGUCAUUAAAAUAUGGCUGAUACAUUUAGAUGGUAUUAUACAAGAAAUGAUUAAAGCUUUGCAGACUCCUCCAUCAACUUUUGCACUGCCAGGAACAAAAGAUCCACUGGACAGCAUUGAUACGAUGAAUGUGGCUGAGAGAGUUGAAGCCAGACAACAGCUACAGACUGUACUGUCACUCCAAGAGAUUCAGUCGCCUUCUUUUGCAUAUAAAGCUUGUUUCACACUAUCACUCCUCCAUGUAAUCAUGAAGGAAUAUCCACAGUCCCUAGCAUACAUUGAUGAGUGUACAAAGAUAAAGACUGGUAGCUCUACUGUCAUUGAAGAAAGAGAAUUUGAAGUAGGAGCAGAAACUACAGGAAAGGACAUUGAAAUACUAGUAGCUACUCUGAGGGAGAAAGAAAUGUUUAAAAAUGAUAAAUAAUAAUAAUAAUGAUAAUAAUAAUAAUAAUAAUAA